CUCUCUCUCUCUCUCCGUCUCCGAUGGCGUUAUCACGGCCGCUGAUCUUUCCCUGCACCACUCGCUCUCUCUCCACAACCCCACCAUCCAUACGAUCGCAUCUCCUUUCCCGCCAUUAUCUUCCAACCAUCUCAGCAACCGCCCUUUCCACUUCACAGCCUUCACUCCCCAACAAAUCCCAUUCCUUCAUCAACACUCCUACAAAACCCCACGACCGACGGCUGAAAACGACAGCCCUCCACUUCAACAUCUCAUCCCCACCGCUCAUCUCUCCUCACGAUCAAUGGGGAACAUGGACAGCACUCUUCACAGCCGGCGCAUUCGGCCUCUGGUCGGAGAAGACGAAGGUCGGGAGCACGCUGAGUGGCGCUCUGGUCAGUAUUCUGGUGGCGCUCGCCGCAAGCAAUCUCGGCAUCAUUGCUAGCCAGGCCCUGGCGUAUUCCGUUGUCUUGGAGUAUCUGCUGCCCGUUGCUGUUCCUUUACUGCUCUUCAGAGCAGAUCUGCGUCGCAUCCUGCAAUCCACCGGGACGCUGCUCUUGGCCUUCUUGCUUGGAUCCGUUGCUACGACAAUCGGGACGGUUGUAGCAUAUUUGCUGGUCCCUAUGCGAUCACUUGGUCAAGAUAGUUGGAAGAUUGCAGCUGCUCUCAUGGGUAGACAUAUUGGUGGAGCUGUUAAUUAUGUAGCUAUUUCGGAGGCCCUUGGUGUUUCUUCAUCAGUUUUGGCAGCAGGACUAGCUGCAGAUAAUGUUAUUUGUGCUGUAUAUUUUACAUCAUUAUUUGCACUGGCAUCUAGAAUACCUGCUGAGACUUCAACACCCACCAAUGAUGGUGCAUUGGAUAAGGAAUCUCAGCCUUCAAACAAGCUUCCUGUGUUACAGACUGCUACAGCUCUUGCAAUAUCCCUUGCUAUCUGCAUGGUUUCCACUUACCUCACAAAAUUAUUACGAGUUCAAGGAGGAAGCCUUCCAUGCAUUACAGCAACUGUAGUAAUUUUGGCAACCAUGUUUCCAAAACAAUUUAACUACCUUGCACCUACGGGAGAGGCGAUUGCUUUGAUUCUAAUGCAGGUCUUCUUUGCAGUGGUGGGUGCGAAUGGGAGCAUAUGGAAUGUCAUCAACACAGCGCCUGGUAUCUUCAUGUUCUCUUUGGUCCAAAUAACGGUCCAUCUAGCUGUGAUCCUUGGAGUCGGAAAACUACUCCGCUUUGAUCAGAAGCUGCUGCUGGUAGCCUCAAACGCCAAUGUUGGAGGCCCCACAACAGCAUGUGGAAUGGCCACAGCCAAAGGCUGGGGUUCUUUGGUAGUUCCGGGGAUUCUCGCAGGCAUAUUUGGUAUUGCUAUUGCUACUUUUCUUGGUAUCGGGUUUGGAGUGAUGGUACUUAAAAAUAUGUAACUAUUUGUAAGAUAUGUUAUUGCAAUACUCUUGUUUAUUCAAAGAAAUUGUCUCUAGUUUUCUAGUUUAA